AGCAUUCACAUUUUGAAGAGUAUUCUCACUCAGUAUGAAGGGGGUUUUGUUCCGACUUUCUGGGCUUUUGCUCUCCUUAUUGUUUAUAUUAAGCUUCUGCAAUGGCAAGAAUAUGACAGUCAAGAUAGUUGGAUUCAUAGAUUGCACUGACUGCAUCAUUCAAGAAUUCGACAGGAACCAAGCAUCUUUAGGGCUUAAGGUUGCUAUCAGUUGCAAGUCCACAAAUGGAGAAAUGCAGACAAUGGGAAAUGGAGGUGUGGAUCGAGAAGGAAAAUUUAACAUAAGUCUCUCUAAUCAGAUUACAGAUGAUGAAACGACAGGACAAGGAUGCUUGGCCAAGCUUCACGAUGCAUCAGGUGCACCGUGUCCUAUACAAACGGCCCAGACUGCCUCGAUGAAAAUCAUCAGAUCUGAAGAUAAUGGAACACAAACAGCAGAUGUUACACAGAAGCUAAAAUUCUCUCCUGGAACAUGCCAAUCAUCCUUCUUUUGGCCUGUCAUCAGACACAAUUUCUUUGGGCAACCUAAUAUAACAUAUGUACCAAAAUUGUCACCACCUCCAGGACCACCAGUCGAGUACACUCCACCGGCUCUUCCUCCACCUGUGCCAGCGCCAGUGUCCAUAGAUCCCUCUUUACCACCCACUCAGUCACUGGCUCCUUCUUUUCCGACUGCUCAAUCACCAACUUCGCCAAUUCAAUAUCUGACUCCAGCUCCAGCUCCAGGACCAAUUGAUCCAUCUAUACCACCCACUCAAUCAGCCCCUCCCCCGGUGCAUCAGUAUUCAGUUCCACCACCAACUCCAGUUUGCAAAGAUCCAUCUUCACCGCCCGUUCAAUGGCUCCCACCAACAUUUCCUCCGGCCCCAGUGAAAGGACCUUAUCCUACUCUUGCGCCUCCUCCACCUCUGACAUUUGAAAGCCCCAUAAGCCCUCCCGUUCCUGCACCACCACUUUCUCCUCCUCCCUACCCUCAGGCACCUCCUCCGUAUCCUACUCUUGCACCUCCUCCAUCUCUGACAUCUGAAAGCCCCAUAAGCCCUCCCGUCCCUGCACCGCCACUUUCUCCUCCUCCAUAUCCUACUCUUGCACCUCCUCCAUCUCUGACAUCUGAAAGCCCCAUAAGCCCUCCCGUCCCUGCACCGCCACUUUCUCCUCCUCCAUAUCCUACUCUUGCACCUCCUCCAUCUCUGACAUCUGAAAGCCCCAUAAGCCCUCCCGUCCCUGCACCGCCACUUUCUCCUCCUCCAUAUCCUACUCUUGCACCUCCUCCAUCUCUGACAUCUGAAAGCCCCAUAAGCCCUCCCGUCCCUGCACCGCCACUUUCUCCUCCUCCAUAUCCUACUCUUGCACCUCCUCCAUCUCUGACAUCUGAAAGCCCCAUAAGCCCUCCCGUCCCUGCACCACCACUUUCUCCUCCUGCCUGCCCUCAGGCACCUCCUCCGGCACCACCUGUUCCCUCCUCUAAGAAGCCAAAUACUCCUCCAAGUCCAAUCAUAAAAACACCCCUUUCACCUCCAGCACCAAAACUUCAACAGCCUUUUACAGCACCACCAGUUCCCAAAUUUAAAAAUGCUCCACCACAUCCCAAACCAACUUACCUACCAAAUCCUCCUAGUACAGCUCCUGUUUCUCCAAAGCCAGAGCCACCUCCUUCUCCUAUUGAAAAAGCAUUGCCGCCUUCACAGACGCCACUUCCUUCCGUCCCAAAUUCUCCACCGAGAAGACGAAAUUCAAUUAUCAUCCCAAGAGCUCCUCCUGUUCCUAAAUUUCCCCCCACCCCUACUGUUCCUAGGAGAUUUUUCAACCCACCCAAAUCAAAAUAUCUACCUCCUCAUCCCUCUCAUCGUUUGCAUUAACUCCAGAGUUGUUUUGUCUUAUUAAUUAUCCAGAAAUAAAUCUAUAAAUGUACUUUGUUUCUUUUCUAUUAAUGAAUUGAUUGUGAGAGUGAAUAAUGCUUUAAUGCAUGUAGGGAAGACUCCCCCUAUAUAUAUUCCCUAUGGUCUUGUUUUCGUCUUUUAA